AUGGAAGAGGGCGCGCCCGCGAAUGCGACAGCGUCACUACCGCCGUCCUAUGAGACCGUCCUCGCUUUUCUUACAACGCUGGCGCAGUGGCUCAAGCAUGCGCGAGAGCGCCUGACGUGCCGAGACGAAGUCGGCCGACACGCCAUUGCGGUGGAGGCUCUCACCCGCCACCGCGAACGCGCCUAUGAGCAGCUGACAGAAUCCGUAUGGCGCCAUACAGCUGCUGCCGGUGACAUGAGCACAUCGCUUUUACCCUCUGCUUCGGUCGAGCUGACCGCGUGGGUGCUGCUGCGGCUUCUCGUCCUCCUCCUUACCUGGUGGUUGCUGAUGCGGCUGGUGCGCGCGACCACGCUACCGCGCCUGCGCGCUCGCCAGAUUGCGGUGCACCCUCACGUGCAUCUGCCAACGAGCGUCGGAAGUGCACAGGUGGUAGAGGCGUUUAUUCAUCCCGACGCUGCUCAGCGCGGCAUCAACGCCACGCUGCUGUUGACUGUCAGCGCUUGCGUGUCGGUGGCGUGCCUGCUCAUUCUCUGCCUGCUUGCAAUGCAUGUAUGGGUGGACGUGGUGCUGUUGCGCCUCCUCCAACACUGGACCGCCCCACUAUGGCAGGCACAGACAUGGUUGGCGUCGCAUGUGUUGUGGCCCUCCAACAGCUCGCCGCAGGGCUCACUGCAAGCACCUGCCACCCCUGUGGAGCAGUACGCAACUUCGUUCAUCAGUGUUGUUUCUGGACUAAAUUCCAGCUUGUUUCACAAGCUCGCGUGGCUGCGUCGACUGACACAGCAGGUGAAACUGAUGUACCUGUGGGGUAUGGUCGGAGGGACCAUGUUGGGGGUGGUGCUCUGGCUACUUGGCUACUCCUCUACGCUGCUGCGGACCUACAACGCGAGUCUGCCGUACUUUGAAGAGAACGACCCUCUACUGCGCUGGCUGGCCCAACAGGAGGCAGAGGCCGCUCAGCAACGUACCAACGCGGCGUUUGCCGCUCUACUUGAAAGCCAGCAUAGGCAAGAGCGCGUAAUGGAGAGGCUGGCAAGCUCAUUGGCGCCCGCGACUCCUCGAGAGCGGCAGCGCUAUCUGCAGAUGACGGAGGAAGGAGCAGGAUCACAUUGCUUCGUGGAGGAUGCUGCGCUAGCGUCAGCGACAAGCGACGCUACCGAAGACGAGCGGCGCAAUGGUGAGACAGCCGCAGGCGGAGCUGAUGCGGUGAUCAUCAACAACGGCUGCAGCGGUGAUGGCAAUGCAGGAAAGUUGCGUGUGGCAUCUGGACCUUCACCCGAUAGCGAUUUGGCCGCUGCCUUCGAAGUAGCAGCGUCGGCGACGCGAGGUGAAGGAGCCGCUGAGGCUAGCUGCGGCACAACACCGCAGGCGGAGGAGGAGGGGGCAGCGACUACAGCUUUGCGGAUGGCAAAAGAAGGAGAGAGUCCUGGCAGCUAG